UGUGUUGUCAUGCGUGUUUCGCCGAGUUGUCAGCUGACGGGUCCCGGUUGCUUCUUUUUAUGUUUAUUUCGUGUGUGUUAGCGUGUUAAACGUGUGUUAUUUGAAUAAAUGAGGCGCUAUGCUCCGCCCUGGAGAAACAUGGUAGUCGUGAACUCGGUGCUGAAGCUGGUGCAGAGGCAGACGUACACUUGUCUGUCCCACCGUUACGGGCUGUACCUCUGCUUCGGAGGAAUCGUCCUCAUGAUCGUUUCUGCCUUUCAGUUUGGAGAGGUGGUGGUGGAGUGGAGUCGGGACCAGUAUCACGUGCUGUUUGACUCCUACAGGGAUAAUGUGGGUGGGAAGUCAUUCCAAACCAGGCUCUGUCUGCCCAUGCCCAUUGACGUGGUCUACACAUGGGUGAACGGCACGGACACGGCUCUAAUCAAGCAGCUGAAGACAGUCAGAGAGCAGCUGGAAGAGGAACAGAGAGCUCUGAGAGAGCGUCUGGGGAAGAACUCUAGUGAUGCCACUGAAGUGCCAAAGGAGAGCUUUAAACCCGAAUGUUUGCUGUCCCACUGCAUUGUUGCACCGCUGCUGGCACUAGACCCCGCCCUGCCAAACAACAUCACCCUCAAAGGGUUGCCGUCAGUCUCGCCCGCCUUCUCCGCCGCCAAGGAGCUGCUGCUGAUGAACAAACCAUCUUUCCCGGCCACCACUGUCUCCGUGGUCGUCUUCCAUUCUCAGGCUGAUGCUAAUAAAGCUUACACAGAUGUGUCCAGAGAAGAGCAGAAAUUCUCCGUGUCCAGAUGUUACCUCACGACGGAUAAAGAAGCUCCGGGUCUGAUCCGGAUGCAGUCCCUGGCCUAUCUGAGCGGCUUCCCAGCAUCCUUCAAGGAGACGGACCAGCUGAGACCCAAACUGCCCUCCGUCAUAACCACCAAGAUCAAACAGAUUGAAUUGUACUCUGAGGCCAGCAUCGCCCUGCUCCAUCUGAUAAGUCCGCAAGACUUCGGCGAUCUGACCCAACAGGCCAAAAAGAACCUGACGCUGGAUGGGAAAGAGCUAACGAUCAGCGCCGCCUUCUUGUUCUGGGACCUGUCUGCAAUCUCACAGUCUAAACACGAUGAAGACAUUUCAGCCAGCCGGUUUGAGGACAAUGAGGAGCUCCGUUAUUCGCUGCGCUCGGUGGAGAGACACGCCCCCUGGGUGCGACACAUCUUCAUCGUGACUAAUGGGCAGAUUCCCUCCUGGCUCAACCUGGACAACCCCAGAGUUACAGUUGUCACGCAUCAGAAUAUUUUUCUGAACAACAGCCACCUUCCAACUUUCAGUUCCCCUGCCAUAGAGACCCACAUUCACCGAAUCCCGGGACUGUCUCAGAAGUUCAUUUACCUCAACGAUGACGUGAUGUUUGGCGAAGACGUGUGGCCAGAUGACUUCUACAGCCACUCGAAAGGACAGAAGGUGUAUCUCACCUGGCCUGUUCCCAACUGUGCCGAGGGCUGCCCAGGAUCCUGGAUCAAAGAUGGAUAUUGUGACAAGGUUUGCAACAACUCUGCCUGUGACUGGGAUGGAGGCGAUUGCUUGGGUGCAGCAGGGAACAGUCGGUUCCCAGCUGGCGCUGGCGCCGGUGGGGCUGGUCUACCUGGUGGUCCAGUGUGGCAGUUUCCAGGAGCUGUUGGUGGACUCGGGGGGACAACGUACUGUAAUCAAGGCUGUGCCAACUCCUGGUUGGCAGAUAAGUUCUGCGACCAGGCCUGUAAUGUGCUCAGCUGUGGUUUUGAUGUAGGAGACUGCGGUCAAGAACACUUUGGUGAGCUGCACCAUGUGACCUUGCUGAAGGAUCAGAAAGUCUACACCCUCCCGGUGGGUGAGAUCAGGCCGUACUUCAGCUUUGACGGAUUGGCUCGCCGAGUCUCCGAAGCCUACAUUAGCGAUAACCCAGUGGUGCGGCACACAUCCGUGGCAAACAAGUGGAAGACGAUUCACCUGCUGCUCCAUCCAGGCCACAACGCCACCCAAAUCCAGUACAACCUCACUUUGCAGAAGGAAGACGACACAGAAUUCACAAUGAGCUUCACUGUAGCUCUCGACACCCGCUUGGUUCCUCACUCGAACGUGUCCCAGGCAUCAAGAAAAGACGCAGCCAAAGAAUCGAUACUAACACCAAUGCCAGAGCCAGAAUUCAACUUCUCAGAUAUUCCUGAAGACAAAAGGGAGCCUAAAAUCAAGAUGAAUUUGGACAAAGCUCAUAUGGUUGUUGAAGUUCCUGCACUGAAUGUGUCACUUUUACCAUCUGCAGUGCGCAGAGAGCUUCAGAAGCUGGAGGAAAAGCUGCUGAUUGGUGACAUAACCAUGAAAGGUUACAACCUCAGUAAAGCAGAACUGCUGAGUCCUUUUAAGACACUGGCUUGGUUCUUGGAGCAAGAUGUUGACCCACAGCCAGGUAAUGAACGUGCAGCAAAAGCCCCCUUAGAGGAGAAGGUAGUCCAGAAAAAUCAGAACGCAAAAGAAGAAAGGUCCAAGAAUGAUGUCACUGAGCAACAAAAACUGAAAGGCAUUUCUACGCCUAUCCCAGUCCUCACUGAUGACGAGUCUGAAUCUCUUCGUCGGAAAGCUGCUAAGGAGAGGAUGAUGACUUCCAAGAUGCUAAGCACAUUGAUGGGUAGCGUUUCCAAAAAAACAAAGCGCGCCAAGAGUCAGGCGGAUGCUACAGGAGGAAGCCCAGUGGGCAGGAAGCUCCAACACUUCAUAUCUUCAGACAGAGGAUUCCUGCCGUGGGAGAGGAGGAAGUACUUCCAGGACCUACUUGAGGAAAUGGAGCGUCUGCAGACAAAACUAAUGUAUGAGACUGAAGGCGCCGCCACCCUUCGAAGACUGCGGGACACUUUUGCUGACUCAUUGCGCUACGUCAGUAAGAUCCUCAACAGCCAGUUUGGUUUUGCUUCCCGCAAAGUACCUGCACACAUGCCGCAUAUGAUUGACCGGCUCAUUAUGCAGGAGCUGCAGGACACGUUCCCGGAGGAGUUUGAUAAGACAUCGGCCCACCAAGUGCGCCACUCUGAAGACAUGCAAUUUGCGUUUUCAUACUUCUACUUCCUGAUGAGUGCACAGCAGCAGCUCAAUGUGUCCGAAGUGUUUGACGAGAUCGACACCGACCAUUCAGGUGUUCUGUCCGACCGAGAAAUUCGAACUCUCGCCACAAGAAUCCACGAGCUUCCUCUUAGCCUCCAGGACCUGACAGGUCUGGAGCAGAUGUUGAUAAAUUGCUCCAAGACACUCCCACUGAACCUGACCCAACUCCACCUGGUCAGGCCCACUCAGGAGGUCUACUUUGACCCAAGCAUGCCUCCUGUCACAAAAGGCCUUAUCCUCCACUGCAACCCCAUUACAGAAAGAAUUCACAAAGCCUUCAGAGAUAAGAACAAGUACAAAUUUGAGAUCAUGGGGGAGGAAGAGAUAGCUUUCAAGAUGGUGCGGACCAACGUGUCCCAUGUUGUCGGCCAGUUAGAUGAUAUUAGGAAGAAUCCCAGAAAGUUCAUCUGCCUGAACGACAACAUUGACCACAGCCAUAAGGACGCCGUCACAGUGAAAGCUGUGCUGAGAGAUUUCUACGAGUCGAUGUUCCCCCUGCCGUCUCAGUUUGAAUUACCCAGAGAGUACCGCAACAGGUUCCUGCACAUGGAAGAGCUCCAGCAAUGGCGAGUGUAUCGGGACAAGCUAAAGUUUUGGACCCACUGUGUCCUUGUGACACUUGUCAUCUUCACAAUCAUGUCCUUCUUCGCUGAACAGCUGAUUCUGCUAAAGCGGAAGCUGUUUCCCAGACGCCGAGCCAACAGAGACAACAACCACGAGAGGGUGUGAAAAAAAACGGCUUUACACUUCGCCGUGACCCUGUCCGCCGGCCUCAGCGCCUCCCUCCUGCAGGGAGGGGCCGGAGUGGAGGCGGAGUCACGCCGAGCCCUGCUGUUGAACCUGACGUUCCUCUGUGCUCGAGCACAGGACGGCGAUGAAACAUCACUCAGAAGAUGAGACGGAGCUCGCCGGCGAGGGGAACUGUCUGUCGGUCUGUCCAUCCUCCUCUGCGGGCAUCUGAGACACCUUUUUUUUUAAGAAGAAAAACGCACAAACACUCCCUCACAAUUUUAAAACACGAUAGCAACUCUUUAUGGACUGUUAAAGUGACACUACACGAAAUCCACUCCAGCAGACUCAGUUAUUUGAAAGAAAAUUGAUUAUUCUGAUUACCAAGUCAGACAGGAAACAAUGUGUUUGAUAAAUAGGAAUAAUUAUUUAAGUAAAUGACUCUCAUCAAUCAGGAGAGAGUCUGCGUGAUCAUAUUCUGGUGUAGACAGAAGAAUUGGAUUUUGGUCAGGGGGGGCUGUUGAGUAUGGUUGAAGGUAGUUUUUGGGAAUGUACGGAAGUGUAUUGCAUUAACUGUAUUAAAAAAAUAGACCCCUGAUCUUGUAAUUACGAAAAAAGAUCUCAAAAUUACAAGAUCCUGAUCUUGUACAAGAUCAGGUGUCUUCUGAUCUCAUAAUUACAUGAUCAGGUGUCUAAUUUAUUUAUUUUUUUAUAUAUAUACAGCUUCCAUACUUCCCAUUCCUCAGUAAAGAAGCCGGAUAAGGUUAGCCAAUGAUCUGAUCAGACACAAAGUGUGGAUUUUCCUCUAAGGUGCUCCUGGAAUUUCAUUCCACCAGGGAGGGACACGGGGCAUUUCAACAAAACGAGACACGUCUCGCUCCCCUCCAGACUUUUAUUCACACAGCCCCACCGACCACUUGGGGGGGGUAGCUCUCUCCCAGCCGGGCGCAUGCCAGUCUGGGGGCCUCGUGCGCCGCCUCGCUGGAGGAAUUUCAUUCAUCCAGGAACACCUUAGGGGAAAAUCCACACUUUGUGUCCGAUCACACUGCAGUGUCGACGGUUACAAAUCGGCCAGUUUUCGAUUAUGACUCGGGAAUUCUCGCGCUUUACUGAGAGAAUGGAAGUACAGCAGCCCAUUGUACGGAAGCUAUAAAAAAUAGACACCUGAUCUUAUAAUUAUGAAAUCUUUUCUCGUAGGGGUCUAAUUUUCUUUUCUUUUUUUAAUCCAGUGAAUACAAUACAUUUCUGUAGGAAUGAUUCCGAUUUGAGAAUAACUUAAAAAAAAAAAAAAAAACAUUUCGACAAAUUGACUUGAAUCUCUGGCAGUUGUUUUGUAUUUCAGGGCAGCAGGGGAAUCCAGAGUUGGGGCACAAUCUGGAUUCUCUCUUUUUGUCCUUUUUAACAGACUUAUCUACAGCUCUUCUAAAUUUUGGUUCCUGUCUUUGGUGAUUUUGCUCAACCCUAAAAAACACUCCAAUUUCUAUCAAACAAUGAAAUUGUCCACUUUGAAUAAUUCAGAAAAGACACUUUAAUUGAUUUUAUAUGACUCCCCCCCCCCCCUCCCUCUUGGUUGAGGGCUGCUGGUUGUUAAUCUGUUCUUAACAGUUGAACUUUUGUACGUCUUUGAAAAC